UGCUGCAGUCCACCGUCUGCCUGCCUGUGUGCCCCGAGCUGCUCCAGGUUCUCUGUGCCACCAUCCUAAAAGAGAUGUCACCCUCCGACAGCCUAAGCCUAUCCUGUGACCGCACCCAGAACACCUGGCAGCUGAGCCUAGUGGCCUCCGUGCUUUUGGCCCAGGGCAACAGGAGAGAUGAGGUCAGAACCGUGGCCCAGCACAUUCUGAGAGCCCUGGAGAGCCGGCAGCCUGAAGGGCCUAGCCUAAGGCACCUUCUCCCCAUCGUGUCAAAGGUUGUGGGCCUCAGCCCUGGCAUCCUCCAGGAGGACCAGACCACCCUGCUCAGCAAGAGACUCAUUGACUGGCUUCGAUACGCCAGCAUCCAGCAAGGGCUCCCACACUCUAGUGGCUUCUCUGCAUCCAGGGCCUGGCAGCCAGGCCCCAUCACUGAGGUGGAUGGGGCAGUGGCCACAGACUUCUUCACGGUGCUGUCCAUGGGCCACCACUUUACGGAGGACCAGUGGCUGAAUGUGCAGGUUUUCUCAAUGCUACGGGCCUGGCUACUGCACGGCAGCCCUGAGGGUCUGGAUGCCCCAGACACAGAUGACAAGUCGGAGCUGGAAGGCUCUACCCUAUCAGUGAUUUCUGCCACUUCUGCCACCAGCCGCCUGCUGCCCCCCCAGGAGCGGCUAAGGGAGGUGGCCUUUGAGUACUGCCAGUGCCUCAUUGAGCAGAGCACCCGACGAGCUCUGAGGAAGGGGGACUCAGACCUGCAGAAGGCUUGCCUGGUGGAGGCCGUGCUGGUCCUGGACGUGCUGUGCCGGCAGGACCCCUCCUUCCUGUACCGUACCAUCUCCUGCCUGAAGGCCCUGCUCGGGUGGCUGAGUGGGGAUCCAGCCUCUGUGCAGGUACUACUGCCACUGGCCCACUUUUUCCUGAUACAUGGAGAGGCAGCUGCAGUGGACUCAGAAGCCAUGUAUCAGCACCUGUUCACCAGGGUUCCGGCUGAGCGCUUCCACAGCCCCUUGCUGGCCUUCGAGUUCAUCCAAUUCUGCAGGGACAUCCUGCACCUGUUUGGAGAGAACCUCAGCGUCCUCAAACUGACUUUCCCUAACCUCUUUAAGUUCCUGGCCUGGAAUAGCCCACCCACCUCAGAGUUCGUGGAGCUCCUGCCAGCUCUGGUGGACUCUGGCACAGCUGUGGAGAUGCUACACUCACUGCUGGACCUGCCCUGCCUGACCGCAGCCCUAGAACUGCAGCUCAGGUCGUGGCCAUCUGCAUCCGAGAGGCCACUCUGGGAUACCUCACUCAGGAUCCCCAGCUGCCUGGAGGCCUUCUGGGACCCACAGUUUCAGGGUCUUUUCCAGCACCUGUUGCACCCCAAGGCCAGCGGCACCAUAGAGAGGUUGGCGCCACUCUACCAGUUGCUGCAGCCCAUGGCCAGCUGCGCUCGGGUGGCCCAGUGUGCUGAGGCCGUGCCCACCCUGCUCCACAUGUUCUUUUCAGCAGUGACCCAGGUCACCAAUGGGUCCCUGACCAACCAGCUGGCACUCCUGCUCCUAGAGAGAAGUGACUCACUUUACCAAGUCCUGUAGUACGAAGCCUGCGUGCACAGGGUGCUGAGCUCCCAGUUUCUGGUCCUGUGCAAGCUAAAGCCCUCUCUGGUGGUCAAGCUGGCCAGAGACCUGCUGGAGUUCCUGGGCAGUGUGAGCAGCAUCCAUAGCAGAGCAAGCCUGGUCACCAGUGUGGUGUGGGCUGUUGGUGAGUACCUGUCAGUGACCUGUGACCGGAGGUGCACUGUGGAGCAGAUCAACAAGUUCUUCGAAGCCCUGGAGGCCCUGCUGUUUGAGAUCACCUAGUCCCGUCCUUCUACCACCCUGCCUAGAUGUCCACAACACGUUGUCACCAUGCUUAUGACCACACUUACUAAGCUGGCCUCCCGGAGCCAAGACCUAAUCCCCAAGGUCUCUCUGUUACUGUCAAAGAUGAGAACCCUGGCCCAGAGCCCAGCUUCCAACUGCUCACAAGUUGAAGAGGGCGCAGAAGCCAUCCGUACCCGGGCCACAGAACUGCUGAACCUGCUGAAGA